UUUUCAACAAUGACAACAUUUUCUGGAAAUGACUCCUUAGUCACUGAGUUUCUUCUUGCUGGACUAACAGAUCGCCCAGAGCUCCAGACACCCCUCUUUUACCUGUUUCUAAUGAUAUACUUUGUCACUCUGCUGGGCAACUUAGGAUUGAUAGCUCUGAUUGCUCUCAGUUCUCAACUCCAUACUCCCAUGUACUAUUUCCUCUUCAACCUCUCCUUCAUCGAUCUCUGUUACUCUUCUGUUUUCACUCCCAAAAUGCUGAUCAACUUUGUCUCAAAGAAGAAUGGCAUCUCCUAUGCAGCGUGCAUGACUCAGCUGUUUUUCUUUCUCUUCUUUGUCAUCUCUGAGUGCUACAUGUUGACUGCAAUGGCCUAUGAUCGCUAUGUGGCCAUCUGUCACCCACUGCUGUAUAAGGUCACCAUGUCCCAGCAGGUCUGUUCUGGGCUAUCUCUUGCUGCCUAUGCAAUGGGCCUUGCUGGCGCCAGUGCCCACACAGGCUGCAUGCUUCGCCUGAUCUUCUGCAGGGCCAGUGUCAUCAACCAUUACUUGUGUGACAUCCUGCCCCUCCUCCAACUCUCUUGCACCAGCACCUAUGUCAAUGAGGUAGUAGUGCUCAUUGUGGUAGGUGUGAACAUCACAGUCCCCAGUGUCACCAUCCUAGUGUCUUAUAUGUUCAUCAUCACAAACAUUCUGCACAUUAAAUCUACACAGGGAAGAUUCAAAGCUUUCAGUACCUGCAGCUCUCACAUCAUUGCUAUUUCUCUGUUUUUUGGGUCAGGAUUAUUUAUGUAUCUUAAAUAUUCUUCUCCUGAAUCUAUGGAAGAGGGGAAAAUUUCUUCUGUUUUUUACACUAAUGUGGGGCCCAUGCUCAAUCCUCUGAUCUACAGUUUGAGGAACAAGGAUGUCAAAAUUUCACUGAAGAAAGUCAAGAUUAAAAUCCAGAGGAAGUACAUAUUCUAA